UGUAUGUUUGUUUACUUAUAAGCAUGUUACAUAUGAACUUACAUAAUAAUCUCAUUGUGUUGAGCUAAAAUUACGCUAUUUAACAGGAUGUAUUAUCGGUUUUCCUUAGUCGCGUCCGAAUUUUGAUUGACUCCGCUAGUUCUUGCCGCUCUAAGUUUGAUAUAUAAUAUAGUUUGAUAUGUCAACUAUAUUAAUUAAUAUAUCAAGAUGAACCUCCACCAGGUCACGCUAUUCAUGACACUCCGCGUCUUCCACACGCAAGCCCAGUUCCCAAUGCAAUUCCCUUCAGCAAUGUCCAUGCAAAUGGGCAUGCCACCCGUGCCAAUGCAAAUGCCAAUAGUCGGCCCGCCACAACUGCCAAGCGUCGUAAUGCCAUACCAUUCACGUACAGCCGAUAAAUUUAGAGAGAGACCAAGGAAGUCAAAAAGGUCAAAGAAACCUAAGAAAAAGCAAAAGAAGAAACGUUAUGAAUCGGAAUCCGGUUCAUCUAGUUCUGAUGAUAGUCGAUCUAUGUCUGGGUCUGAAAGUCUUGAAAUUAAUUUUACUAGUAGAGCUAAAGACAAAAGAAGACGUGAGGUUCUCACGCCGGUGGUGUCUUACGUGACCAAUGAUGGAUAUGUGGUAUAUCAGAAAAAGAUAAAGAAGGAUCGGGCUAAGGACUGGUUGGAGUUAGGAAAGAACUCAGAUCCCAAUGCGCUGGAAACCAGGGAUAGUGAGAGUGAUGAGGUUGAAGGAAAGGAUUCGGUUCGGAAGCGUCGUUUUAAGUCUCGUCGGUCGCAGUGA